AUACGUAUCCUGAGGCUAAAUCAAUUUCCUUUUAAACAAUCCAUCAAUCUGCCGCAUCACCACUUCCUUUUCUUCUCACUUUUUUCAAAGUUAAAUUUUUGAAAGCAAAUAAUUAAAUUCCAUUGAAAAAAAAAAAGAUACGAGCCAUGGAUAUACCGGUGAUCGAUCUUUCACCGUAUUUGUCAGUCGCCGUCGAAGCCAACGGAGAUGGUGACGUGGCGACAAUGUCGACUGAACUCGUUGAAUUGUGUCGGGAGGUCAGUCGGCUUCUGAGGGAAACGGGGGCUCUGUUGGUGAAGGAUCCGAGAUGUACGGUGGAGGACAACGAUCAGUUUCUCGAUAUGAUGGAGAAGUACUUCGAGAGACCAAAGGAGUUCAAGCUGUUGCAGGAGAGGCCAAAUUUGCAUUACCAGGUUGGGGUCACUCCAGAAGGAGUAGAAGUUCCAAGAAGCCUGGUUGAUGAGGAAAUGCAAGAGAAAUUAAAAGCAAUGCCCAAAAAGUCUCAACCAACCUUGCCUAGUGGACCAGAUACAAAGUGGCGAUACUUGUGGAGGGUUGGUCCUCGGCCAUCAAACACCCGCUUUCAGGAACUUUAUUUAGAGCCUGUCAUACCUGAUGGUUUUCCUGAGUGGAAAGAUACCAUGGACUCCUGGGGAUACAAAAUGAUAUCUGCUAUAGAGGUUGUUGCUGAAAUGGCAGCUAUUGGUUUUGGAUUGCCAAAGGAUGCAUUCACUUCUCUUAUGAAGCAGGGACCACAUCUUGUUGCUCCAACUGGGAGUGACCUUGCUCGUCAUGGUCAGGAAGGCACUGUGUUUGCAGGAUAUCAUUAUGACCUUAACUUUCUAACAAUUCACGGCAGAAGUAGAUUCCCUGGUCUAAACAUUUGGCUAAGGAAUGGGCAAAAAGUUGAAGUGAAGGUUCCUGUUGGAUGCCUUUUGGUUCAGACAGGAAAGCAGUCGAGUCUUUUUUCUUUGCACCGGGUACAUAUGCAGAUAGAAUGGUUGACUGCUGAAGACUGCCUUGCCGGAAUGCAUGAAGUUGUUGUCACGAGCAGGACAAUCAAUGAAAUCAAACUAGCAUCAGAGCAAAACCGCAGCCUAUGGAGAGUAUCUUCAACGCUUUUUGCCCACAUUGCGUCAGAUGCUGUGUUGAAGCCUUUAGGCCACUUUGCGGAAUCCCCUCUUGCCAGCAAGUAUCCGCCUAUUUGUGGAGGAGAGUUUGUCGAACAAGAGCUUGGUAUCAAAUUUAGAGGAAAUAAAGGGGGGUCUUGAUAACUCAUAUUAGGAUUAGGAUACUUGUCCUCAAUUUAUAAGAUAAUUUUAUUAUAAAUAAGGUGUUAGAUUUCAAAAUGGGGAAAAAAAUAUAUAUUUAUUAGGGUUCAGAUUUUGAGGGCAGCCACUUUCGGUUGAUUCAGGAAGGUCUUUGAUGUUUUGAACAGUUGAAAAAAAGGAGUCUCGAAAUCUUUAAACUGUUCAGAUUAUCUUUGUAACCCUUUAAUUAAUGAAAUAGUUUUAUUUUA